CAAUCAAGGAGGAGCUGCUGCCGGAUGCGCUCUCUGUGCUUCCGGCGCGGCCCCAUCCCGGCCCCGGGAUGGAGGUGUUCAGUCGGCUUCGGCGUUUUGACGCCUACCCGAAAACGCUGGAGGAUUUUCGCGUGAAAACCUGUGGGGGUGCCCUGGUCACUGUGAUCAGCAGCCUGAUCAUGCUGCUUCUGUUUUUCUCUGAGCUUCAGUACUACCUGACAAAGGAGGUGCAUCCUGAACUCUACGUCGACACAUCACGAGGGGAAAAGCUGAGAAUCAACAUUGAUACUGUUUUCCCACACAUGCCCUGUGCCUAUCUCAGUAUCGAUGCGAUGGACGUGGCAGGGGAGCAGCAGCUCGAUGUGGAGCACAACCUGUUCAAAAAGAGGCUGGACAUGGUGGGCAAUAUCGUCACUUCUGAGGUGGAGAAACACGAGCUGGGGAAGCAGGAUGAGGUACUCAACACCACCAAGCUGGAUCCAGGCCGCUGCGAGAGCUGUUACGGGGCAGAGUCUGAAGACAUGAAGUGCUGUAACACGUGUGCUGAUGUGCGGGAAGCAUACAGACGGAAGGGCUGGGCAUUCAAGAAUGCAGACACAAUCGAACAAUGCAUGAGGGAGGGGUUCACACAGAAGUUACAGGAGCAGAAGAAUGAAGGCUGCCAGCUCUAUGGAUUUCUGGAGGUCAACAAGGUUGCUGGGAAUUUCCAUUUUGCUCCUGGGAAAAGCUUUCAGCAGUCUCAUGUCCACGUACAUGCUGUUGAGAUUCAUGACCUGCAAACAUUUGGACUGGACAAUAUAAACAUGACACACUACAUCAAGCACCUCUCCUUUGGCAGUGAUUACCCAGGAAUAGUCAAUCCGCUCGAUGGAAGCAAUGUAACUGCAUACCAAGCUUCCAUGAUGUUCCAAUACUUCGUGAAGAUCGUCCCCACGAUUUAUGUCAAGUUGGAUGGUGAGGUGGUGAGGACCAACCAAUUCUCAGUAACACGCCAUGAGAAGGUGGCCAACGGCUUGAUUGGUGACCAGGGGCUGCCGGGGGUCUUUGUGCUGUACGAGCUCUCCCCUAUGAUGGUGAAGUUCACAGAGAAGCACAGAUCAUUCACCCACUUUCUGACUGGUGUCUGUGCCAUCAUCGGCGGGGUUUUCACAGUGUCGAGCCUGGUUGAUUCGCUGAUCUAUCACUCUACCCGGGCCAUCCAGAGGAAGAUUGAGCUUGGGAAGGCCUCAUAGCUGGUGCUGAGGAGGGCUGUUCUGCAUGGACUGUGGCAAUAUCUGUGGAUAUCUUGUUGGAGUCCCUGAUAAGCUGGUUUUACUGAGCGGACUUCAACCCACCCUUUACACUGGCUGAUAUUCUGGUAUUGUUAAGCAACUGUAAUUUAUAAUCAUGGUGAGCAGGUUUACUUGUGUCUGUGAUCUCGAAAGAUGGAGGAUUAAUUCUAAUAAUCUCUCAUUCCCAUAUUUGCCCCUCCCGACUGCACCCAUUACUGUCCCUUGUCUGCCAUCUCCUUGUCACUGACAAGGGACACUCUCCGUCCUGCCCUGUCCCAAUGCACACAGGAGCCUCUUGCUCUCCUCCCCAACACCUCCCCCCACCCCAGCCUGGCCCUGCAGAAGGCCUGGUGCUCAAUAUCUGAUCAGUGUUGCUGAAGCAGAGCUGACCAAGAUCCCUGAAUCCAAAAACAGCCAGAAGUUCCCACCCAGAAGCAAGCUCUGCAAUUUAAAAUAUAUUUAUAUUUCAAAUUGAUACUGUGACCUUGUCAGUUUUUGGUCUGUGCACAGGGAGCUCCCUUCACUGGGCACAGACUAUUACAAAGGGAUUUCUUCACAGGUUGACGAAACAUAACAGAAACUGUUGGCAUUCCCAUUUCACAGUCACUCCUUGGGGAUUUUCCACCAACCUCCUUGGGGAACAAAGGGGUUGAGAGGGCAAGGAUUGAUAAGACCUAGGAGGAGAAUUUAAUAUACCACAGCCAUCCAUGGCAAUGAAUUCCAAAGGUUUGCCACCCUCUGGCGAAAGAAAUUCCUCCUCAUUUCUGUUCUAAAUGGAUGCCCCUCUAUUCUGAGGCUGGGUCCUUUGGUCCUAGACUCCCCCACAAAAUGAAAACUCCACUCUACUUGGGCUUUUUAAUAUUUGAAAGGUUUCAGUGAGAUCCCCACCCCUCACCCCCCCCCCCCCCAUUCUUCUAAACUCCAGCGUGCGGGUCCCAGCGGCUCUAAAGAGCCGUCUGCUAGGCAUUCUACAAAUUCCUUCCAAUCUUAUGUUAUGUCUUUCUAAGGAUUUGAUUUCAUUUUUUACUAAUAGAGCCACACCACUCCCUCUAUGUCCCUGUCUGUGAAGCAGUGAGGAGGGCAAAGAGAGAGAGUGCUGUGGGAAUGGGGUCGGCUGUUGAAUGAAUAGGAAUAUUUUCUGUCUGUGAAAGAAGCAAAACAAUAAAGAUGAAGUGUGUUUUUCA